CUCGAUCCGAAGGAAACGCAUGAGAUCGGAGCGCUCGAUGCGGCCAAAUUUCUCAAAAAAUCCGGACUAAGCGAUGUGGUCCUCAGCCGCAUAUGGGACCUGUCGGAUCCCAGCGGUCGGGGCUUCCUCACCAAGGAGGGCUUCUUCGUGGCACUCAAACUAAUUGGGCUGGCCCAGGAGGGCUCCGAAAUCAACAUCAAAAACAUCUACAACGAGCUGCCGAAACCGCCCAAAGUGGGCGACCUUCCAAAAGUUCCCGCUCAAGUCAAACUGGUACCCACGGAGAACACCGACUGGUCGAUGAAGCCGGAGAAGCGACAACAGUACGAGCAGCUGUUCGAAUCCCUCGGUCCGAUGAAUGGCCUUCUGCCCGGGGCGAAAGUACGCAACACCCUAAUGAAUUCCAAACUUCCGGUCGAUACGCUCGGCCGGAUCUGGGACCUGGCCGAUCAGGAUCGCGACGGCAGCCUCGACAAGCACGAAUUUUGCGUCGCCAUGCAUUUGGUCUACGAAGCCCUAGAUAAGCGUGCCAUUCCAGCUACUCUGCCGCCACAGCUUCAGCGAUCGGCUCAGAACACCACCACCGGCAGCAACGGCAGUUUCGAUGCAUUCGGAAGCGGCGGCGACGGAGGUUUCGUGGCCAACUUCCCGACAGAUAUCGCACCGCCACCGGUAGUUCCGCCUCUUCCAGCGGUCACUCGAGCCAUUCCACCGCCGGUCGUUCCGCCGGCCCCACUCGUUCCACUCAUUCCAACGGGCGGCGUAGAUCCGAUGGCGGCCGCCGGCAGCACCUGGGUAGUCGGCACGCUGGAACGGUGCCGGUACGAGGAGAUUUUCAACAAAAGCGACAUGGACCGGGACGGGUUGGUGUCCGGGCACGAAAUCAAAGAGGUGUUUAUCCAGUCCGGGUUGGCCCAGAACGUCCUGGCGCACAUCUGGGCCCUGUGCGACACCAACCAGAUCGGCAAGCUGCGCCUGGAGGAAUUCUGCCUGGCGAUGUGGCUCGUGGAACGCGCCAAGAAGGGAAUCGAUCCACCGCAGGUACUGGCCCCCAACAUGGUUCCACCGAGUUUGCGGAAGAACUCGCUCAUCGCGGCACCGGAACCAAAACCGACAUACAGCAAUCCGGAGCUGGAGAUGAUUUCCAAAGAGAUCGAAGAGCUGGCCAAAGAGCGUCGCUUGCUCGAGCAGGAAGUCGCCCAGAAAGAGGCCGACGUGCGAAUAAAGAAUGGCGAGAUGCGAAGCCUUCAGAGCGAACUGGACACCCUGACGGCCACACUGAAACAAUUGGAAAAUCAGAAAGGCGAGGCACAGAAGCGGCUCGACGAUCUCAAAAAUCAGAAAGUUGAGGUAGAUACUGAAAUUGCUAGUGCCCGGGAGCAGGUGAACAAAAUUCGCGAGCAGUGCCAGAAGCAGGAGGCCACCCUCAAGGAGCAGGAAGGUGAGCUGGACUCGCGCCGCUCGGAACUGCAAAAGCUAAGAGACGAAGAGCAAGCACUCGAAAAGGAAUACAACGCCAGUACCAAAGAUGUCGACCGGCUAACGUCCCAGCUGCAGGACACGCAGCUCGAGAUCAGUCAGGUCAAAGCGAUGGUUACUCAGAUUCAGGAGUACCAGCGUCAGAUGAACGACGCGCUGGCCAUGUUCCGGAAUGCGAUCGACACGAACGAUCCGGUAAUGGUGUCGGAUUAUUCCCUCAAAAUUGAACCCGAAUUUAGAGAGGCCAAGCAAGCGCUCGAGGAGAAAGAGGUCGAAAACGCCAACAAACGGGAUCCCUUCGGGGACAAUAAGGCCAAUGGUUUCGGUGCUGGUGCCGGCGAUGGAGAGACAGGGUUCGGCGAUGAUUUCAAAACCAACGGAUUCGCCACGCAGUUCGACACGAGCAAUGGGUUCCAGAGUGGCGGGUUCGACGACGGAUUCGGUGGUAGUGCGUUCGAUAAUAAACCCAGUGAUCCGUUUGGAAGCGGAGCGGUGGAUCCGUUCGCCGAAAGCAAAGGAACCAUACCGGAUACUUCCAAGGACGAAUUCGGAUGCGAUCCGUUUGCCGUGCUGCACGCCCCCACCACCGCUAACCAGAUACUCACGCCCAGUCCCAGCAAGUCGGCGGCCCCUCCACGACCGGAAUCACCUAGUCCUGCGUUGCCUCCGAAGAAGGCGAAACAGCCUCCACCGAGGCCAGCCCCACCACGGCCAUUACAGGGUCCCACGCCGACGAAGCCAGCGCCACCGGCGGCGUCAUCGGAUGCAUUUGGCGACAGCAGUGGCGGCGGCGGCGGCUUUGCCAACUUCGCCGACUUCGACAAUAAGAACCUCAAACCCGCUGCCCCAUCCCCCACCACGGUACUGCAAUCCUCUUCGGUCAGCUCCUCAUCCGUGUUUGGCUCGUCGUCGGUCCUAUCGCCAUCGCCAAUCGCGGGUCGAGGGGCUUCGGCUUCACCAGUUGCCGCCGGUCGAGGUGUCGGAGCAUCCCCGCUACCAAUCCUACUGGGUGCUCCCAGCAGCACCACCACCAACACCAGCAGAGUAUUAACAGCUUCACCGGCCACAUCGGUUGGGCUCUCAGUAACGCCCACCAAUGUCACCGCUACCUCAAAGACUCCCACCAUUUCGACGGUGGACUUCGUGGAAGAUCCGUUCAAGGAUUACCGUUAUGAGGAUCCCUUCAACAUCGAGGACCCUUUUGCCGAUGACGACGCGACAACGAGCUCCGAAGAUCCAUUCUCCUCCGAUUCGAACACCCUGAACAACAACGGCAGUCUUAGUCGCACCCCUCAGGACCCCAAGCAGUCAGCCAGCAAAACGACCACCAACCAGUUGGACGACCUUUUCGGGGACGCCCAGAACAACAACUUCGGAGCAUUUGGGACGGGUUUUACAUCGUCGUUGUCGUCGGGCAUCAAGAAGUCAUCUGCCGCCGAUCCGUUCGAUGCAUUUAACGAUAAUUUUAGCAAAAAUUCCGCCACCGACGAUAAGGUGGACACCAAGCAGGACCUUCUGUUCCGGGCAUUUGGAUCGACCGAGGCUAAAAGUGGUGGUGGUGGUGCUACCACGGACGAUGAUGCAUUUUUCGGGGCCGCGGCCAAGGCCAGUCCGUUCGAGGACGACGAAUUCUCCCGGAUGGACGACGGAUUCGGCAAGCUGGACAUUUCCAAUAACAACAACAGCAAGUUUGGAUCGGCGACGACAACGACGACUUCGUCGAACGAUUUCGCUAACUUCGAUGUGUUUAGCAACAUUAGCCAGAACUUCAAGAGUCAUGGCCUGGCGACGACGGACAGCUGGAAACGUGGGGCCACCAAGAAGACGGUAGCGAGCAGUGGGUUUGGAGAUGAUUUCCCACUGUCCAAAAAGGGCGCCAAUUUGCCGACCAAGUUCUCCGAAGACUACUCGCGGGACGACGAUUUCGGAGCGGAUCUGGAAGCGGUGCUGGAGCGGUCGAAACUCGAGAAAUAAACAGGUCAGAUCUUGAAAACAGGGAAGAGAGGAGGACAGGAAUUGAAUUUGUUGAGUUUUGUUUAUUUUUUCUGUUGAUUUAAAAAUUUUGUACAACACCUGUCAAGGCACUCGAACUUUGCCUGCAAGCAACGGAUAUCCGGGAUUUUAUGACUUAACUUUUUGCCUUUUGCUGGAACACGUGUCAUUUCUUUUGUUAAACGUACGAUUUCGCGUGACCGCUUUGUCUCCAAAUGUUGUUAAACCAGAAUGUAAGAAGAGAUUUCGCUUAAAAUGUUCUGUAAAUAUCUUCAACCCUUCUUUCACUGAAUAAAUUUCCGUUUUUCUUCGGUUCACCUAGAA